AUGGAUAUAAGAAAGUUUUUUAAAGGGACUUUGAAAAGGAAAAAAGAAAGUAGUAGUGAAAGUGAUGAAGAAAAAAAGAUCGAAAGAAGUUUAUCACAGAAUUCAUUGGCUCAAGCUGGUUCGUCUAAAGUCGAAAAUAUACCCGAAGAUAAAGAUGUUUGUUGUAACGAUCUCGGCAAAUGGGUAGGGCGAACUUCUUUAAUGACAACCAGUCAAAAAUUGGAUAUGCUUAAACGUUGUUGGGUACCUCCUGAGAGUUACGACUUUGUCAAAGAUGCCGAAGCCGCUAAUCUCAAGCUUAUUUUUUGUGGCACUCAUGACUUGCCUUUGAGGGGUAAAGAGAAUCAUGAAGGCAUUCUUGAAGACCUUUUAAUUCUGAGAAUUGAAUCUGGCGAACAAGAUUUGAAACAACAUUUACAAUACGGGAAAAAAAAUGCCAUGUAUACAUCCCCACAGAUUCAAAACGAAAUUAUUGAUUUAUGCGGCUUGGUCGUAAAGAAUGAAAUUAUACAGGUUGUAAAGAAAGCUUAUGCUUAUAGUGUCAUGGCAGAUGAGUCAUGUGACAUAGCUGGAAAAGAGCAGCUUUCCAUUGGAAUCCGUUUUUAUGACGAAAGUAAAAAUAUGAUACGUGAAGAAUUUCUAGGAUUCGUGGAAUUGAUUGCAAUGGAUGCUAAUACUAUAGCGUCAGAAAUUGAUAAGUUUUUAGAAAACGCAGGACUUGAACCUGAUAGGUGCAUUGGCCAAGGUUACGAUGGGUGUUCUACAAUGGCUGGAAGUAUUGGUGGCGUUCAAAAAAAACUGAGGGAGAAAUAUAAAAAAGCCUUAUAUUUUUAUUGUGCAAGCCACAGGCUUAACUUAGUAGUAAAUGAUUUAAAUCAAGUGCCAGAAAUACGAAACACAAUCGCCAAAUAUUCAGGUAUAUUGGAACCUGUUGCCAAUGCAUUACAAUCGAAGACUAUCGAUAUGUACACAUGUACGAAUCAUAUUAAGAGAAUUAUAUCUGUUAUUAAAGAUCAUCGCGGUAACGCAGACAGGGAAAGUCAGAAUAUUUUAGACAUUUCAUAUAGAACAGCAGCUGCCAUUGGAACUGAUUUGCAAAUCCCGCGCACUGUAGGUCGCCAACAACAUAGAUCCAAUCACCCAGCUGAGAGUGUAUGCGAUUUUUGGAAGCGAUCAGUUAUCAUUCCUUAUUUAGAUUCACUGAUAUCCGCACUUGAACAGCGUUUUUCUAACGACCAUUUACCAGCUUUUAGUUUAAUGUCGCUACAUCCCAGUUCAAUGUUAAAUAUGAAACUGGUUGAUUUUAAAGAAAAAUCACAAGAUUUCUGCCAGUACUAUGAUCUUCCUCUUUUUGAACAUGAAGCGGAAUUAUGGUAUAAAUUGUGGAAAGAUAAAGGUAAACAAAGUGAAGAUCUAGAAAAAUUAGACUUUACAGAUGUGUUAAAGGAGGCGAACACCUUCUUCCCGGCUACAAGAAAAGCUAUCAUUAUUUCGUUGUCACAGCCGUGUACAACCAGCAAUAUAGAAAGGUCUUUUUCGACCUUGCGACGUGUAAAAACGUGGUUUCGGUCUACGAUGACCGAAAACCGUUUAAACGGCUUAUGUAUGCUAAGCGUUCACCGGAAAAUUGUUAAAGAAAAAAAAGAAAUUGUACAAGAAGUUUUGAAAAGAUUUUGUGAAGAGCCUCGUAGAUUGAUUGUCAAGUAA